AAAAGGGGCACGCGCAUGCGCACGAGAUGCGCCGGACCCCAUGUAAGGCCCAGAAGAGCAUUUGGCGUCGGGAACUGAGGUUACAACAGAGAAGAAGCCAUUGAAUCCCAGAGACACGUGUGUGUGGGGACCGCGGGGUUCGUUGGGGUAGGAGGACACCAUGGACCCCCGGGGGCCAGCCCCCAAGCCUUUCCAGAGGCCUGAGAAACCUGGCCGUGUCCGCCGACGGAAGACCAGGCGGGAGCGUAAUGAGGCUCUGGUCUGCAGCCGCCGUCGGUUGCUGGCCAGUCAGGAUCCCCCCAAGUCCAGUCAGGAUCCACCAGUGGCCCUUCAGGAUCCUGUGGCCCCUGUUGCUUCCAAGUUUGUGGCCAUAACCCAGGGUCGGCUGAGCCGCGAGCACCGGGGUCUCUUCAAUCAUGAGGUGAAAUCCCUGGAUGUGGCACGGUUGUUUGGCAGUGAGUCCCUGAACCCAGGCACCCUCACACUCUUGACCAAGGCCUCCCCAAGCCCAGGCAGGGCCCACGAACCAACUCCACAGUCAAGGGACAAGGAGAACCAGAUACCUGGGGGCUCAGGCCCAGGCCCACCUAGUUCCCCAAAGCUCCCUGACUUAGGACAGCUGCUGGGAGAACUACGGCACCAACUGAUUCUGCCACAAGCCUUCCCCAGGAGAAGCCUUGUGCAAGAGGCCAGGGAUGCUAUUGUGGGCUCCUUACAGGCCUGCCAUGGCCAUGUGCCUGACCUUACCCUGGUGCUCUGGAGCUGCCAGCCACCUUUGCCAGGGGCCAGUCCUGGGGGUUGUGAGAGACGAAGAAGGACACCCUCCUGGAUCAACAGCACUGAGCAGUCCCCAGGGGAGGGAAGGCAGCGGAGGCAACAGGGGCCAAAGGAACCUUCCUCCUUUUCCAGGCUGCACACCUCCAGCAUUCCUGUCGCACACAGAGUGAACCUGGCUCAGCCGAAAGGUCCCUGGCCACCUCCCUUAACCUCAUUGCCAUCACCAUCUGGGACAGCCUGGGGCCCCCCAACAGCCUUUGACCUACUGAAAAGCAUCUGGUUGGUAGCUACACCGCCCCCUCCCCGGCCCUGGGGAGUUGGCCCAUCCCAGCCCCUGCCUCAGCCACCGUCACCCUUGUUGCCCCAGACCUCUGCUCUGGACUGGAGCCCCAGUCCCCCUGCCCCACUGCCCAGCCUUUCCUGGGUGGUGGCCCAGAGCAGCCCAGAAGCAUGGUCUUUUCCACCCAUGAGACUGUACUGAGAGACUGAGACUAGGCUGGGGGGGGAAUCUCAAUAAACUAUCUUUUACAUGGUU